CCGCGUCUGGCGGGUACACCCGUGACAAAUGAACGGCGGCAGUGAAAACGUCAACAAUAGAGACGACGAAGUGAAAAGAAGCUCAGGAACGGGCUUUAACCUGUAUUUUGUUCCUCAUUCUUAGUGUUGUUCAUUGCGGACUGCGCCCUUUUCACUUUACCGGGUGAACACUACCUCUCCGCCAUACAAUCGCCGCCUAUGCUACAACCCCCUCGCACUCCACCGCUUCAACCGCCGCUCCCUUCUUCCCUAUGCCAUACUCCGCGCAAGUGCGAGCUAUAACGUGGGGGGUGGGAUUCUGUAAUAGAAAAUCCACUUGUAUGCUUUAGAUAUGUCGUACCCAGGAUUCGGUUACUCUCCUUACCAGUAUCUCUCUGGUGGGCAGAAUGCUCAACCCUCAUACAACUCCUUGCCUCAGAUCCAAGUCACUUCAGCUUCAGAAACUCCAAAUACCCAGCAAACGGCAAACCGAAGCUACGGACAGCAGAGUUAUGAGUGGCAGGGCCAGAACAAUACAGAUAUAUCGGGUCAAACUCCCCAGCAGCAGCCGGAGCGGGAGAGCUGGCAGUCCUCAACCAACCCAUCAUCCCAAAGUUACCGCUAUCAGCAUCAACAACAAUCGAGCUAUAGUACGUCCAACGCUGCGCCAUCAAUAUCAUCAUCACUGUCGUCGCAGCAAGCCCAGCAGUCCCAGCAGACACAUAAUCCACUCAUUUCACCAACUCUAAAAAAUAUCCAGUAUGGUUCUCCCACAGUGGAAUCUAUGGCUAUGCACAACUCCGCGACGGAUCCGCGCUCGACCACUUCCAUCUCUACAAACAUGAGCUACCAGAUAGAUCCUCCAGCGCAAAAUAGAUUACCGGCAAAUGUUUCUCUGCCAAUUGAUCGUCCAACCUCUGCUCAACGCUCGAGAACCGUGGCUGCUUCAGCCAUGACUGCCCUCUCUUCCAACGUUCCCGCACCCCGCGCUGCUUCACAGAGACUGUCAACCGGUCCGGCUGGCUCAUCCUCAACAUCUCAUUCUUAUGCUCCAAGCUAUGGCACUCCGCUAUCCAAUUUAAUAGCACCAAACCCCACAGCACAGCCCCCAUCAUCAGCCGAUCCUGGACAGCCAUAUCGUCACCAAAAUGCGAGGUCGCAAUAUAGUAGAGCGUCUACGGGAUCAGCUCAGUCAAAUAUAUCUAGAAACCAACAGUCCAUAUCCCAGCACCGCAACACGUAUUCUUCUACCCUGUCUGCCGCGACACCAUCCUCGUCAUCAAUGUACUCUGAACCUUCAGCUUCGCAACAACACCGCAUGACAGGAUACGACAAUACCAACGCUCCUCAUCAACCCCCUACUACAUCACAUGCCCAAAACACAGCUUCAAAUCCCUCCUACAUAAAUUCUACCUCCGAGUAUCAACCGGUAAACACAAGUCAAUCGCAAUCGUACCAGCCCGCAACGCCAGGGUUUAUCGACCCCAGUCAAAUCUACAACCCAUACUACCAGGAGUAUCAGAAAACUAGAGUUGCAGAGGCAGAAGCGGAAGCAGAACGGCUAAAACAUCCAGAGGCAGAGAAACAAAAGGAAGUGGAGAAACAGAGAGAAGUCGAGAGGCAGAAAGAUAUAGAGAAACAAAACGAGCCAGAGAGACGGAAGCGGUCCGCGAGAGAGCUUGAGGAGAUGAAGAAAGAGAACUUGAAACGAGCUGCUCAGGCUGAAAUCUCACAAAAACUAGCUGCUGCGAGGGAGAUUGCGGCCAGCGUCCGAGCAGCUAAUUCACAAACUGCGGAGAAGCCUAAACCAGGUCGUAAACCCGGUCCAAAACCUAGGGUACAAGCUCCCAAUCCCACAGAUUCGGCACAGGGAAAGUCCGGAGGGACCCAAAAAAAGCAACAGCGCCGCGCACGGAAACCGCAGGUGGAAGCUCCCGCUCUUGCUGCGCCCGACGAAUCAUCGGGGAUCACCCAUCAAACACAAUCUGUGCCCACUGCUCAACCUAACGAGGACCAGAGACAGGCGCUUUCAACGAUGGUCCAAACCCCAGUUGAAGGGCAACCUGAUGAAGAUGAAGACCUAGAGGUGAAGUUGAUGUUGGAGAAAAUGAAAGAACUAAAAUCAAAGUAUCCGAAUAAAUUCGCGAAGUUACUAGGUGGACUGGAAGUGUCGGCACCUGUCGCCGCCCCUCCUCAAGCUGUAGAAGAACGACGGACAUCCGGAGUUCUAGUAUCAUCACCACCACCAACUUCGGCUUCUAUGAAUCCCACCGAAGAGACCAAUUCAAUGCAUGAUCGUGGCAAAUUCCCCGCAGCUCGGCGAAAACGAAGGUCGAAGCCUGUAAAUCUAGCGGGUCAUGGAGCUCAAUCUUCACCUACUCGACAUGAUAACGGGCAUCCCCCGCAACCUCCACCCGCUGCAGCUUCACAACCCGAAACAAAUGAGAAAGACCAACCUACACAAAUGGGUGGGCGUAUGGAAAUUGAGAAGCUUAUAGAUUCCGAUGAAUCUCAGCCCUCACCAUUGCCAGCCCCAGUUCAAGCUGCAGCGCCGCCCGCCCACCCUGUACCAGAACCUGCGGCUGAGGCUAAGCAAUCUCAACCUGCAUCAUUGCCAGCCCAAGUUCAAGCUGCAGCGCCCCCCAACCAGCCUGUGCCAGAACCUGCAACUGGGGCUAAGCAAACAAAAGAAGAAAACCUAAGAGCUGCUACAAUCUGGCCGGAACCGAAGCGAUUAGCUCUGGCCCAGGCAGCUUCAAGAUACAUAGAUGAUGUCAUUAGCAAUCGCAACAAGGGCAACAAAUGUCCUCCAGAGAUGGUAUUAUCGUUGAUAGAUCGGAAUCCGAGCUACAUUGAACUCUGCGGGAUGUUAGAAUCUCGAGGCUACCAUUUGAAUCGCGUUCAUUUCGCAAAACAUCUACUCAAAGCUAUGCCGGAGUUAACAGCAGGUUCCAGCCCUGCUGCUGGCCCGAACACAGUGGCAAAUGGGCCAUCUUCCACCCCUAGAAAGGGGCAAAUGCAGCCUCCUCCGAGUACAGCAUCUAUGUCGCCACCGAUUCAAUAUACCGGAGUCCGCGCGGGAAAUAAUUCCACGCCCAUUCCUCUAGGAUCCACAGCAAGAUCAGGUGGACCUCAGGUGGUUGGAAGCAAAACGGCGCAGCCGGCUCCAUCAUCAACACCCAUGCCACCUCCAACAAACAGAGACCCUGGAUAUUUCGUACCGUAUCAGCUUCCACCGUCAGUUCCUUCAGAAAAUCGAGUUCCAGGGUUUAUAGGAUCUCCUCCUCGUCAAGUUGGAUUUUCGAACGGCACCCAAGCGUCUAGAUCAGCAGGGCCGCAUUCACUCCCUGAAAGGCUAGCACCGAUUCGACACACUAUAGGUGGCCUAGUUCCAAGUCCAAUCGGAGGCAAGCUGAAACCUAAAUUCCGUGUUCCUGCGCCACCUGCCCAUAUACCCGCACCUGGUUCCAAAGAGGCAUUGGCUAAAAAACGCACGUUCGCGGAGAUUGUGGAUUUUACCCAGCUUCCAAGUGAUGAUGACGAUGAUGAUUCACCACCUUCAAAAGCACCGCGCUUACAGGACGUACCACCCCAGAGCGAUACAAAUACGGAUGUGGAUGUUGAAGUGCCAGCACCUGCGCCAGAAACUCCUGAGGCACAUAGCGCCCCAGCAAACACGCUCGAUUUAUCGCAAUUCAGAAUGCCAGAUGCUGAUUCUUCAACAAGCAAUGAAACGCUACGGGGGCGUAGCGAUAUCGUAAAGCCGCUAAAUAAGACAGAGGCCGUGAAAACGCGCUACUAUGAUCCGAAGACUAUUGCGAGAGAUCUUUUGAUUGCAACCGGCCGCCACCCGACAGAGCGUGCAUUGAACCAGCAUCUUUCAAGACUACGUGAUAAUUUUCCUGCGGUUGAUAACUCAUCUGAUCUACGAACGUUCCGCUGGGACAUUGUCGAUCCUGGAGGACCGCCACCACCUGAAGUCCCGCUAGUUACUGCAGUCUCCAAACCUCCCUUAAUCACAGUCCGCGAAUACACAAGGCCUGGAGUGGCUGACCGCUUACCUAAUCCUCAUUCACGUGACUCAGCGAAAGGCACUACUGGUUCUCAGCCUCCUCAGACACCUUCACAACUACACAUCUCUGAAACGAUCAACAAGAGUGAUGACUCGUCACCUCACCUUCGGCAAGAGAGUAAUAAUAAUAUCAAUACUGAAAGCUCCGUGAUGAGUUCAACGCCACAAAUGCCCGGGACUCGUCGACGCGGACGGCCACUAGGCGCGAAGAGCAAGCCUAGAUUCGCAGACCGAGUCGAGAUCGCGAUCCCGAUCAGUUCAUCGCCAAACACUCCCCGAACUCCAUUCCACAUGUAUAAAUGUGAAUGGAAAGGCUGCGAUGCACAACUUCACAAUUUGCAAACCCUCCGAAAACACGCCACUCGCCUCCACGUCCCUAGAGACACGAAGAUGGAAGCGCCUUGCUUAUGGGCUGGUUGCCGUGACGGCAGGAAUAAGUUUACGCGUGAUAGCCUAGCCGAUCAUCUGGAGAAUAAACAUUUAAGCGCCCUUGCAUGGACGCUCGGGGAAGGCCCCGGGUCUGUAAGAUCUGGACAUCGAGAUUACAACAUCGACGACUGCUUAAAUGAUAGCAACGGGCGCGCCGUCAUCGCCAGGGCGAGUGCGAAGGGCAUACGGCCUACCCUGAUCCUCCCCGCAGCAUACAGGUCAAUCCGAUCCUUUAAUAAAAUGUACGGAAACGAGAGUGACAAGGCGAAAGCGUUGGAGGUGCUACGGGCACUAGAGAUGAAACAAGUGAGGGUAGGAACGGGGCUGGGCCGCGGCGGGUGUACAUUUAUGAAUGAGAAGAGGCAGGAGACAGUCGUGGCGUUCGAGAGCAUUUUUGAGAUUGUGGCUGAGGAUGAUGACGGUCUUUAGAAUACAUGGAUCUAAGUUAAGGGCAUCUCUUGCGGGAUUUUUACUAUUCCUGCUUUGUUCUCUCAAGUCCUGUUCGGCAUAUCUAAUGCUUGCCAACAGAUGUUAUAUUUCCAGCGACAGGUCCAGGAAAGGCUCUUUUUUUCAUUUUUUUUAAUUUUUUUUUUAUAGGGGAUGGGAAACAGGUCGUCUUUUGUUUCUUUGUACCUAAUGUGAGCUCUGAGCAGGGACGUUUGGGAAACUAGGCCCAUGGAUGUACAUUCGAACAUGCAAGACAUGCGCAAGAUUCCCCUUAACAAUGCCAAUGGAUUUCAAACCGAAUCAGAUCUCUUAGGUUUCGCGAGAGAACGCUCGGUAAUACCUGGGAAAUCGGGUUUUGCGCCCUUGUUCAUGUACAGAUGAUAUCCGCGACAAUGGAUGCUAGGCUAAUCCAUUUCGUACAUGUGCUGCAUAGAUUGCGUAAGGCCGCACUACCAUCCUUGCCAGGCUGCGUGCCCAUCCAUUAGAGAAGGAAAAAUCAAGUCCCGCCAUACGAUCCCAUGAGUUCGUAAAUAAUCAACCCCAGUCAACAUCUGCCCACUCCACCUCCGGGCACGCAGUUUACCCCCAAAUUUCCCGUCCAUCCUCUCCUACCCCGAUGACCCUCCACCCGGCGCAUCUUGUUUAAUUGAUGUAGGGGGAACGGCAUGCUUGGGCGAACUUGCUGACGCGCGAGAUUGUACGGACUGGCUGUGGGAGGACGAGAUGGAGGAGGAUGCGGCGGAGAGGUCUUUGGAGUUGACUUCGAGGUAGUGGUAGAGGACGAUAAGGAGCAUAGCGCAAGAGCCAAGGAAGAUGGCGAGCUGGUAGAGUUGUUCGUCUGAGAUCAUCUUUGAGGCUUUGCUUUGUCCUUUGCAGUUGGGGUGCGUUAGCCUUUGGCCAGAUAGAUGGAUAUAUUGAUAUGGGGACGAGGAAUGCAUUGCCAAUGGAUGUAUUCGUAAGGCUGAAUACAUACCUGAUAUUCGAGCAGUUCUUGUACCACGUAACUUCAGAGCUAUGAUUCCACAGCUGGCAGCAGCGUCAAUCCGUCGGGUGCACUCUCAGUUUUGCCCGUAAUAUAUCUAUUGUCUCCUUGUACAGUACAUUGGAUGCAAGUUGACACCUCACCUAGAGGUUGAC